UUCCGCCCGGCGUUAAAAUGGCGGCGCCCUUUGUCUGGUCGGUGUCACGGUGAGGGCCGCGGGCCGUGGGUGAGGCCCCGCCGGGCCCGGCAUGGCAGGAUCCGUUCCUGGGAAUGAGGACAGACCCCCGUGGGCAGAGGCAGCGAGGGUUGGGGCCGCGUUGUUCCCUGACGCGUGAGGAGAGAGAGAGAUGACGGAUGGCUGCGUAGAGACUGACCUGAGCCACCACUUCCCACCUGGAAAGCGGAAAUCUCUGGAGGAGAGACACAGCCCUCUGACCCUCACAGCUCCUCACAGCAGAGGGCCAUGGAUUUCCCACAGCACAGCCGGCUGGUGCUGGAGCAGCUGAACCAGCAGCGGCAGCUGGGGCUGCUCUGCGACUGCACCUUCGUGGUGGAUGGCAUCAACUUCAAGGCCCACAAGGCCGUGCUGGCCGCCUGCAGCGAUUACUUCCGCAUGCUCUUCGUGGACCAGAAGGAUGUGGUGCACCUGGACAUCAGCAAUGCCGCAGGCCUGGGCCACGUUCUGGAGUUCAUGUACACGGCUAAGCUGAGCCUGAGCCCUGACAACGUGGAGGACGUGCUGGCCGUGGCAGGUUUCCUGCAGAUGCAGGAGAUCAUCAGCGCUUGCAACGCUCUCAAAUCUCUCUCCGUGCUCCCAGAAAAUCCCCCUGGGAUGAACCAGCAGCCCCCCGAGAUGGGAGCUGACGAGGUGGCGGCUGAUGACAAGACGUUGGUGUUGGCAGAAGCUCUGGGGGAGCCUGACAAAGCCAGGUCAGCUGCUCCUGACGCUGAGGAGAAGGAGGAGAAGCCGGAGGUCGCGGCACAGCCCGAGGCGCCUGCGGAGCAGCCAGUUGGCCAGGAAGAGAUGAAGCCGGAAAGGAAGGAGGAAGAGGGGGAGAUGGCAGUGGAGAAGGAAGAUGAGGGUAAAAUCGCUGAGGAAGAAGGCGCCCAGCUGGAGAACGGGGAGAACGCUGAGGAUAACGAGUCGGGAAGCACAGAUUCGGGGCAGGAGAACGCGGGGGAGCUGCGCCUGCUGCGCUCCGGCGCCUUCAGCGACCGCACCGAGUCCAAGGCCUACGGCUCCGUCACGCACAAGUGCGAGGACUGCGGGAAGGAGUUCACCCACACCGGCAACUUCAAGCGGCACAUCCGUAUCCACACUGGAGAGAAGCCCUUCUCGUGCAGGGAGUGCAGCAAGGCCUUCUCCGACCCAGCUGCCUGCAAGGCCCACGAGAAGACGCACAGCCCGCUGAAGCCCUACGGCUGCGAGGAGUGCGGCAAGAGCUACCGGCUCAUCAGCCUCCUGAACCUGCACAAGAAGCGGCACACGGGCGAGGCCCGCUACCGCUGCGAGGACUGCGGCAAGCUCUUCACCACCUCGGGCAACCUGAAGCGGCACCAGCUGGUGCACAGCGGGGAGAAGCCCUACCAGUGCGAGUACUGCGGGCGCUCCUUCUCCGACCCCACCUCCAAGAUGCGCCACCUGGAGACGCACGACACCGACAAGGAGCACAAGUGUCCCCACUGCGACAAGAAGUUCAACCAGGUGGGAAAUUUGAAGGCUCACUUGAAGAUCCACAUCGCAGAUGGGCCCCUAAAGUGCCGGGAGUGUGGGAAGCAGUUCACCACGUCAGGUAACCUGAAGCGGCACCUGCGGAUCCACAGCGGGGAGAAGCCGUACGUGUGCGUGCACUGCCAGCGCCAGUUCGCCGAUCCCGGCGCGCUGCAGCGCCACGUCCGCAUCCACACCGGAGAGAAGCCGUGCCAGUGCUCGAUCUGCGGGAAAGCCUUCACCCAGGCGAGCUCCCUCAUCGCCCACGUGCGCCAGCACACCGGGGAGAAGCCCUACGUGUGCGAGCGGUGUGGGAAGAGGUUUGUCCAGUCGAGCCAGCUGGCCAACCACAUCCGUCACCACGACAACAUCCGGCCCCACAAAUGCACCGUCUGUAACAAAGCCUUCGUCAACGUGGGCGACCUGUCCAAGCACAUCAUCAUCCACACAGGGGAGAAGCCCUUCCUGUGUGACAAGUGCGGGCGUGGCUUCAACCGCGUGGACAACCUGCGCUCCCAUGUGAAGACCGUGCACCAAGGCAAGGCUGGCAUCAAAAUCCUGGAGCCCGAGGAAGGCGACGAGGUCAACAUCGUCACGGUGGCAUCUGGUGACAUGGUGACAUUGGCCACCGAGGCGCUGGCUGCCACUGCUGUCACACAGCUCACGGUGGUGCCCGUGGCGGCCGCGGUGACGGCAGAUGAGACCGAAGCGCUCAAAGCCGAGAUCACCAAAGCAGUGAAGCAAGUGCAGGAGGCAGACCCCAACACGCAGAUCCUUUACGCCUGCGAUUCCUGCGGGGAGAAGUUCCUGGACGCCAGCAGCCUGGCGCAGCACGUGCGCAUCCACACGGCCCAGGCGCUCGUCAUGUUCCAGGCGGAGCCGGACUUCUACCAGCCCUACGGCUCCUCGGGCUGGCCGGCAGAGCAGGUCAUCCCCGCCACCGAGCUCCUCUUCCGA